AUGGAGUCACCAACACGAAAGUUCCCCCAGCACGGGGGGUCUCCUCUUCAUCCGCUCUCACCGCGCCGCAUAAAUCAACAGAUUAUGAGCAGAGCAUCGCCGGUCCCGUCGGAUCUAGCGUAUCUACAAAACAAGUCAGACAGACAGUCGAUUGAUGUCCAGUCAAAGGUUGCCUUCCUUAACAGGCUGGCGAGCCCUAACAGCCCAGCACCGCUCCCGCCAUCAACAACGACACACGCUGCCUUGCAGCGAGCAAUUCUGGGCCGAGAAGAAGCAGAGGACGCCCUGAAGGCGACAACUGAAGAGCUCAACGAAGCGAGGCAGCGAGAACGACGAGUUAGUGAACGGCUGGAGUCAUUAUUAGAAGAAAUACAUACCUUCAAAGAACGACAGUCUCAGGAGCGGGCCGUGUUCGAGAAGGAGAUUCGACGGGCAAGGAAAGAAGCCUUCCGUGCCAGCUCGAAUCUCGUCAAGGCGCAGGAAGAGCUAAAGUCCUCUCGAGGGGAGAUCAAAAGCCUCAAGGAUGAGGUCAAGUCAGAACGAGAGGCCAAGGAUAAGGCCAAACAGGAUGCAUUCGAACGCGCCUAUGCAUUGGCUGGCCUAACGGAGGAAAACGAGGUGUUAAAGGAGCAGAUCAGAGCCAUCGAAACAGAUAACCAGUCAGAGAUUCUCGAAGCACGAGCCGAGGUGAUGCGGGGUGAGACGCCCAAAACGAGACUUCAGAGGUCAAGCAUGAAUCCGAUGUCGUGCAGCCCUGCGUCCCGAGGGAAAAAGCGAGACCAGCCUGAUUCCCGAGAUCAAAUGUCUCCCAUUCGAAAGAAGAGCGUCCAACAACAAAUUGACUUCCGGUCCAGCCUGAGAUCGCCAACCAAGUUAACGCCCAGCCGUGCACUUGUUCCAUUUGAAGAGGAGGAGCCUCUAGCACUUGUCGAAAACGAAAAAGAGAUAAUUCAGGAACUUGAGGAGGACCUUCGAUGGGAAAAAUUAAUGCGAAGACGAGCGGAGGACAUGAUUGACUUCUUGAAGCUUGAAUGCCAAUUCAAGAGAUGUUCCUGUCGAAUUGCGGAGCGGCAAGGAGUUAAAUAUAUUCACGAUCUGGAGUGGGAGAAAAUGUGCCCAUCCACAGACCAGGAGAUGAAAAGGGUGCAGAAGAUACCCAGUCCAUUACCUGUGAGAGAAGCAUCGCCACAACUGCAGAUUACUCAAUCAUCAACCACCCCAAAGAGUGUUCACGAAGAUACCCCCGAUGACGCUCCUGCUAGUGAGAAACUUCCUGCCGAACCAACAGUGGUGUUUUGUCCAGAUACUGGAACUUUCAAGGCAAUUCCAUCUCCCGCUCGCAAGGCCGAGUCGACACAUUCCGAGCAACCAAACAACGAGCGUCCGCCGCCAACGUUCCAAGAAAUACAUCCAAAGCAGGGACGGUCACCCCAAGAUGACCCCAUCCCAGUCCCAAAAUCAGUUGCACCCAAGAAGAGAGGACAGCCACUACCACCCGCCGCUCCAUUAGAGCAUUCGUACACCCUUCCACCCCCAAACGUUGAAAUAAAUCCGCGAAAACGCUAUGAGACCCCUCUCCCUCUAGAUCAACGCCAGCGCCAGAAUAGCGCCACUGCAGAAAUACAAACCAUCACAACGACCAAGACAGUCCCAAUUCACUCCGAAAGGCCAUCUACCACUGGCGCAAGUGCCAAACUCCCCGGAACCCCUAUUAGCCGCGAAGAAGCCCUGGCACAGAUCCGGGCACGGCGCGGCCGCACACAAAGCGCCUUGAAGCGGUCUGCAAGCGCAAACGAUGCAAGCCAUCGUCCCCAUGCCAUGGGUGGAGCGACGACCCCAAACAAUGGAGCGAGAAGCGUUUCAAGGGCCGAGAGCUAUGUCAGCCGUACCAAGCCUAGCCGACGAGGACUCAGUGCCUCCGGUAGCCAUGGGUAUUAA